AUGUUAGCAGGCACAGCCAAUACCACGCGCCAAAAACGAUUUGCGAACAGGGCCCGCACAGGUUGCCAAACUUGCCGGCUACGCCAUGUCAAAUGCGACGAAGCACGGCCCGUCUGCAAGAAAUGCGCAACCGGAAAUCGUGUGUGCCAUUACAAGCUUGACAUGCAGCGCCCAGGCGCGUCGAGAGCCAUGGCGGCCGAGAAACAAAAAUCUGCCCCGACUGCCUUACAGAUUUGCGAGCCUGAUGCACCGGGCCAUCACUUCCAACACGACCAGCCCAGGGAAUGGGCAGAUAUAUCGAGCGACAUGCCCUGCCCUACGGACUUGUAUAUUGUGCUUGCUCACACAUCCCCAAUUCGGUAUCGCGCCGCCUUCGAGCUCAGCCGCGAUGACGAGCUUCAAUCCAUGACGCGACAGGUAUUGAAGGAGAUAGAAAGCUUUGAUCCAGUCUCUUGGGCUAGGAAGAACGAAUUUGCAACCAAGGAGAUCACGCUCUUGAUUGGACAGAUUUAUCAUGCUGCAGUACGUCUCUUCGCUACUUUGACGCUGCCUCGUGCUGCAGUCUUGGCUACGUACCCGCGUCAGAUGUCCUUCCAGGAUCUACGCGCAUCACAGCGACGCGCAGUUGUGGCUCUGGUCAAGCAAGGCCUUUUGGUGGUUGAAUAUUCCAAUUCACUUGACUGGCCUAUGAUUGUAGCGGGCGUGGCCGCGGGAACCGCACACCACGGGGAUGAAAACAAUCACGACUACAGUGACGCUCUGGCUACGCAAGAAUUUGUCGACCGCUUUUACUAUAAGGCUUGGACGAAACCAAUCUCGAGUAUCACAGCUUUCUUGAUUUUGCAAAAGCUACGUUCCUAUUGGAAGUCUAGGAAGACGGAAUGGGACGACUGUUUCCAUGAGCCUACUGCAUGCUGA